CCGAGCCGUCGGGGCGGGCGGCGACAUCCAGUCAUGCGGGUGGCGCGGGGUGCGCGGACCGCCGCGCUGGCGCUGCUGCUCGGGGCGCUGCAUGCGGCUCCGGCGCGCGGCCAGGAGUACGACUACUAUGGCUGGCAGGCCGAGCCUCUGCACGGCCGUUCCUACUCCAAACCACCGCAAUGCCUCGACAUCCCCGCCGAUCUGCCGCUCUGCCACACGGUGGGCUACAAGCGCAUGCGGCUACCCAACCUGCUGGAACACGAGAGCCUAGCCGAGGUAAAGCAGCAGGCGAGCAGCUGGCUGCCGCUGCUGGCCAAGCGCUGCCACUCGGACACCCAGGUCUUCCUCUGCUCGCUCUUCGCGCCCGUCUGCCUAGACCGGCCCAUCUACCCAUGCCGUUCCCUGUGCGAGGCCGUGCGCGCCGGCUGCGCACCGCUCAUGGAGGCCUACGGCUUCCCCUGGCCCGAGAUGCUGCACUGCCACAAGUUCCCCCUGGACAACGACCUCUGCAUCGCGGUGCAGUUCGGGCACCUGCCUGCCACCGCACCUCCAGUGAGCAGGAUCUGUGCCCAGUGUGAGAUGGAGCACAGUGCUGAUGGCCUCAUGGAACAGAUGUGCUCUAGCGACUUUGUGGUCAAGAUGCGCAUUAAGGAGAUCAAGAUAGACAAUGGGGACCUGAAGUUGAUUGGAGCCCAGAAGAAGAAGAAGCUGCUCAAGGCAGGCCCCUUAAAGCGCAAGGGCACCAAGAAGCUGGUCCUACACAUGAAGAAUGGCGCAGGCUGUCCCUGCCCACAGCUGGACAGCCUGACAGGCAGCUUCCUGGUCAUGGGUCGCAAAGUGGAGGGGCAGCUGCUGCUCACGGCCGUCUACCGCUGGGACAAGAAGAAUAAGGAAAUGAAGUUCGCAGUCAAGUUCAUGUUCUCCUACCCCUGUUCUCUCUACUACCCCUUUUUCUAUGGGGCAGCUGAACCCCACUGAAGGGCUGUCCUCCUUGCCCCAGCCAGCCAGCCGUGCCUUGCCCUCUGUCCCCGCCCACCUGGCCUCACCCCCACUCCCAGACUGACCCAGGCCCUGGCAGAGGUGGCUCCGUGCAGCUACUAACUCGCACAGGCUCCAAAGGCAUAGGGCUUCCCUCCUUGACUGAAUGAAGGGUCCUGGAGUCCUGGGGUCUCCCGGGGCUCCCUCUCUUGGAGAGGGACUUUCUCUUCUGGGGGAAGCCCCAGUGUCUGAGAAAGCAGGCAAAGGAGAAAAAUGUGAGGGAAGGAUGCAGGGCCUCCCACAGCCUGGGGAGGGAGUUUCCAGAAAGAAGAGUGGGUCUCUUUUAAGAGGGAUUUCAGUGCUUAGAGGACGAUUUCUUCCCCGCUGCCUCUGUAUGUCAUCAUAGGCCUCCAAAGAACCAGAGUCAAGGCCUCCAUGUCCUCCAGCCACACCCACUUCUCAUCUGGAGCCCUGCUGGACAGGCGUGCCGGCUCGGCAGCUUCGGCAGACACUGUCACACAGGCUUGCGUCCCGGCUCCUGCCUCAGCCCUCCAGACCCUUGUGUCCCAAACCCGACAAUAAAUUAUUGCUUCUGCUGUGAGGUCA